CAGCAGACGCGCCAGGAAGACGCUCCACUGCUGAGUGCCCGCCAGGGCUCUCUCACGAUCUGACUAAUGGCAUGAUCUAUUUGGCAAACACAGCAACAUGUGGAACCCCAGCCCCAUCCCUCAGGUGUCCUGGGACACCACGCUGAAGGAAGCGGGCGAGAGCUGGAAGGGAACUGUUGCGUGCGUUAUCCUUGGAGCUCUUUUCCUCGUCACCAUCGGCUUUGUUUACUGGCAGGUCGUGGAUCAUUCUCACAAAACCUGGAUACUCAAGGGCCAACUCAGCGAGUUAAUGUGGGAUCGACGCAGUCAUAAUCUAUUUGUCCAGACUCCGGCUGGGGAUAAGACUUACCUGAACAUUGAUGUUGGGCAUCUUGCAAACCCUGAUUUGGGUGUACCGUUUGUUCAGAACUUCUGUUGGUUAAAUAAAACGAGCUUCUGCUAUAGAUGGGAGUCACAGGUGGAUGUUAGAAUCUCGUUGGAGCCCGGCAACGCGCAGCAUGCAGAGUGCUAUAAUGUCACCUGGGCACCGUUACAUUGUCAUGUGGAGGUAAAGAACUGCUUCUCUAUGGAGGGUGUGAAGUGGUACGGUGGGACUGGUGUUAAAACACAGCGGUGGCCCUAUCAACGAGCAGAGCACACCACUGCAGCCCUACAUGCUCAGCGACCUGUCACUCAGACCGGCAGCCUACGGGUCUGUGCUGGAGCACUACUUUCUCUCCUCCUCAGGCGUGGCGAUCAUGCUGUCGUCCACGGUGGCCCUGCAGGUUGGCAUAGAGCGGGAGCGGCAGCUGUGUGUGCGCGUGGAGCCGGGCGCGCUGGUGCAGCCGCUGCACUACAGGGUGUGUGUGGCACGCAACCUGAAGGAGGCUCACCAGGUCGUGAUGCGCCACCGCCAGCGCCACGCCAACGUGCCGGUCAUGCCCAACACGGGCAUCUUACGGUCUUCUCUGUGGAAGUUUCCGGAGCCUGUGAGUUCUGCUGAGAGGCUGGAGCGUGAGCUGAGAACUUUCUCCAACCGUUUGAAGAGGCAUACACUCGGGCCGGGGGUUAUCAACCUGGAUGAGCACUCCACCAGCCUUCUGCUCUUCGCAGACUCUGCUCACAAGCACAUGCAUUGGAGGAGUGUAUCUCUGGUGCAGCACCUGAAUCUCUCCAUCACAGUCUCGCCAUUCUUCAGGCUAAAGUACCUACAAGGUCAAAAGUCACGGAGGGAGGCAGCGGAUCCGAGGUUGUGGAUCAGCAUGAGAACUGCCGGAAGCAGUCGACAGGCUCCUGCCCUGACGUGGUGGAGAGGAGAGCUGUGUGUGAAGCUGGACUUGUCCCGCCCCACUUCAGCACGCUGGCUUUUAGAGCGGGUGGCACUGGCAUCUGCCCACCUGGGAGCAGAGUAUGUUGUCAUGGAGACUGGGGAGGGCAGCCCCCCAGACAGGGACUCUGUGACUGCAGGAGAGUACGUGCGGCGGCUGGGCCGAAUCGCAGCGCAGGCUGGAGACACAACCAUACUCACCUCAGCCUCGGGGUCCAGUGAAUUGGGGUUGUUUGUGCAGAUGCCUGCUCUUCAAGCAGACUGGAGCUACUCAGGAUUAAAGGGCAUCAUACCUGCUGUGCUGCUGCACAGCCUCAUGGGAUAUCCCUUCUUCAUUCCUGACGCCGUAGGGGGUUCCCUGGCACAUGAGGAUGAAGUAGAUGAAGAGUUGUUUAUUCGUUGGCUGGAACUCAUCUCUUUUCUGCCUGUCAUCUCCUUCCAGAAGCCUCCUUGGUCUUUUAGCAGUGACUGGGUGCUGAACCUGACCAGAUCCUACCUGUCUUCGCACUUGGAGUUUGUGGUUCCGCUCCUGCAGAAGUACGCACAGGAGUGGAGCGUCAGCCGCAACCCCGUCUACAGGCCGCUGUGGUGGCUGACCCCCGACGACCCCUAUACUCUCACCAUAGACGACCAGUUCCUCAUAGGUGAUGAGGUGUUGGUUGCUCCAGUAACAGACAGAGGAAUGCUGUGGAGGGACAUCUACCUGCCAGGCACCGACCUGCAGUGGCAGGACCGCAGCUCAGGUUGUGUGUUCCAGGGCGGGGUGCUGCUGCAUCGGUAUCCUAUUGGACUGGAACAAGUAGCCGUGUUCAUGAGGAUCCACACCUGAAGGAUGCUACUGAAGGCCACGUUUCAAGCUGAACACCUGAGGGACACCUCUUUGGCCACGUUCAAGCUCAACACCUGAAGGACACCUCUUUGGCCACGUUCAAGCUGCACACCUGAAGGACACCUCUUUGGCCACGUUCAAGCUGCACACCUGAGGGACACCACAUCGGCCACGUUUAAGCUGAACACCUGAAGGACAUCACUUUGGCCAUGUUCAAUCUGAAAAGUUCACUGAGAGAAAUACAGGACUCAGAAGGGAAACACAACGCCCUAUGAGGUGACUGCACAAACCUUGAUGGUCUGUUUGAGCUCUGUGAAAGGUUACAUGUAUUCUAAAGGUCACAAGACACCUCUCACCUGCUAACUGAGCCAAGAGCACUUCAAUGUACUGUUGCAAAGCAGUCCGUCUAAGUUUCCAUAUUGUUGAGCAGAUGACUCGUAAACAGUCAUUUUUUUA